AUGCACCGAGUCGUCUCCAACCAGCGCUCGGUCUCCUCCUCCUCGGGCUCCUUCCAGGCUCCCCCGCCGCCUCCCCCCGCCGCGGACCUGCAGCCCCUUUUCCUGGGCGGCGGCAUAAGCAGCACGAGCAGUUCGAGCGGCGGCACCCGGAGGGGCAGGCGAGGGUCCGUGUCCAGCUCGGCCUCUACCCGCACUCGGAGCAGGAGCAGCAGCAGCGGCCGCAGCAGUGAGGAAGAAGAGGAGGAGGAAGAAGAGGGCGAGGAAGAGGAAGCCAAGCCCCUCGUGCCGGUUCAGGAUCCCGCCUCGCCACCCGCCGCCGCCCCACCCGCCGCCUGCGCCUCCCCGGGGUCCAGCAGCACCUCCACGUCGGGCUGCAGCAUGACAGCAGCCGAGUUGUACGGGGCUCCGGCUGCCGGGCCCGGGGCGGCGGCGGCGAGUGCGGCCGCGGGGCUGCUGUGGGCGGGGGGCUCGGGCGGGUCUCGCUGGGGCUACAAGGCGCUGUCCCUGGUGCUGCUGCUGGGCCAGGGCGCGCUGCUGGACCUUUACCUGAUCGCCGUCACCGACCUGUAUUGGUGCAGCUGGAUCGCCACAGACCUGGUGCUGGCCGCCGGCUGGAGCAUCUUCUUCUGCCGCAACAGCCGCGCUCGUCGCCGGGAGCGCCCGUCCGGCGUCGGAGGUGGACACCCGCCGCCGCCGCCCUUGCACCCGCUGCUGGGCCACCCGCCCCACGGCGGCCGAGGCGCCUGCGCUGCGUCGGGCGGGAAGGCAGGGGGCGCUCCGCGGGGCGGGGACUUCGCCUACGCCCACUUGGCCUGGCUGAUCUACGCCAUCGCCUUCACGCCCAAAGCGGCGCUCAUCCUGGGCACCUCCAUCCUGGAGCUGGUGGAGCUGCGCCUGCCUCUGGGCGCCACGGGCUUCCGGAUCACGCUGGCGCUCUCGGCCCCGCUCCUGUAUUGCCUCCUGCGGGCCAUCGGCGCCGAAGGCGGCUCCGGCUCCGGCCAGCUCCUCCUGCCGCCGCAGCCGCCGCCGCAGCACCGCGCCGCCGCCGCCUUCCUGGCCACGUGCUUGGACCUGCUGGACAGCUUCACUCUCCUGGAGCUGCUGCUCCUGCAGCCCGGCCGGCCGACCUUGCCGCUGCCGCCGCCGCUCCGCUACGUGCUCAUCGCCGUCUACUUCCUGUGCCUGGCCUCGCCGGUGCUGUGGCUGUACGAGCUGAGCGCCCCGCGGGCCCCCGGCGCCGCUCGCCUCGCCUUGCAUUGGCUCCUGCCCGCCGGGCUCCUAGACGCGCCCCUGCUGGCGCUGCGCUGCCUCCUGCUGGUGCGCUACCAGCAGCCCCUCUCCAUCUUCAUGCUCAAGAACCUCUUCUUCCUGGCCUGCCGGGGCCUGGAGGCCAUGGAGACCUGCUGCCUCCUGCACUCCGCCGGCGGGCUCGCGGGCAACGGCAAGAACGCGCCCGCCCCCUCCGCCGGCGUCGGGGCCGGCCAGCUCAGCCACUGCAUCUCCGAGAACGACAUGGGGCCCCAUGGCUACGUCAACACAUUGGCCGUCACCGCGCAGAGCUGAGGGGGUCCACGCCCAUGCCAAUGCCCCCCUGCAGUUACCCCACCUGGUUUUCCAUGCCAGGUCAGCUUAGGUACCCACCCCGCUGUAGUUACUUUCCCUUUUACAUGUCUCCGAUUUUCAGAUUGGCCCAGUCACCCAAACCCAGACCCCUUAGGAGACAGCAUUUGUACAUCUGACCCAGCUCCCUACCUAAGGGCGCUGUAACUUUCUGAGCAGUUGCCCUGAAUAACUUUGACCUACCUAGUCUGACCCUUCCCUGGAAAGUUCAUUAUCUAUGGCAAACCUAGGGAUUCCGACCUGUACCUGUUUUAGUUCCCCCUGUCCACUUUUAUCUCUGCCAAUCUCAACCAGAUUAAUGCCCAUUUAAUUAGCCAAUGAUAUGGUCUGUCAUUACAGAGUAGCUAGACACACACAAAUACACAACAUAAUGAAUGCUGCAGCACUAGUCAAAACACCUAUUGGGCCAAAAUGAUGGCAGCAACAUUUUUUAAUCCUUUCACCCAAGUUCUUAUAAACUAUUCCAAAUCCUUUGCUUCCACCCCAUCCCCAUAACCCCCAAAUCAUUCCUAUUUAUUCUGUAGGUUCUUUCUAAUGACAACUUAAUGUGCUGUGGCUACAGACCCCUCACCUCUUUUGCUUCUAUUUACAGUAUAGAAAUCAAGAUGGAAGAGGUCUGUUGUUUAACUGCCUUACUGCACAUUCCAGAUUAUAUAUUUCACCGUCGGGUUCAUGAGCUGGUCUUAUCAAUAAUAGAGAGAGGGGAAAAUCCAGUUUCUCAGUCUUGAUCAGGUUUUUGUUUUUUUGCUCUCUGACCUGUGGUUUCCCGCCCCCCUUUUUCUGAGGUGCCUCCUACCACCACUGCCUAUAGGAGAGCAGAGAGAGGGCAGCACCCACUUGGAAUGCCUGGAAAAACAUGUUAUUGUAAACUGUCCAGGUUCUUCAUAUCCUAUGUUGGGCUCCUCCUCCAUGCAGUGGAGAGCCACCCAGCCAUUAUGCCAAUGCUGAACAAAGAGAGGAGCGCUAUUGCUGGUGCUAAGUUAGGCUUAGUUCUGCUCUCAGGCUCUACCAUUUCAAACUGCAGGUGGGAACUCACAUGACCAGAUGCUUCCUCAUUCAAAAUUUCCUUCCAUGUGGCAAGCUAGAGGUCAGCGUCAAGGGUUCUAGCCUACCUUCUUGACACAUCCAAUUUAUGUAUACAGCAAAAACAUAUGUAUAUGUGUGUGUGUGGUAGAACAGGGGUCCCCAGACUUACCGGCGUUUGGGCCGGUUCCCACUGCGCCGAUCGCGCGGUGGGCCGGAGGACGGGGGAGCGUGCGCCUGUGCGGGCCGGCG